AUGAGCGCAAGCCCACCACUCUUCCCCCACCCGCUCCCCUGAUUUUAGAGGGUGUGUUUCCAUGACAACAGGCCGCUCCCCGCGCCGCCAUCUUGUUGCGAGUCAUAUCCGGAGAUUCUCGGUCGCCAUUUCAUUCUCGGGAAACAGCGGUGGCGUUGAUAAAAUGAGUGGUUGCAGAGUAUUUAUAGGAAGGCUUAGUCCUCAUGCUCGUGAAAGAGACGUGGAAAAGUUUUUCAAGGGAUAUGGACGAAUCAGAGAAAUCAACUUGAAAAGUGGAUUUGGCUUUGUGGAAUUUGAAGACCACAGAGAUGCAGAUGAUGCAGUGUAUGAACUGAAUGGAAAAGAGCUAUGUAAUGAAAGAGUCACAAUUGAGCAUGCCAGAAAUCGAAGAGGAAGAGGGGGAAUGAUGGGUGGAGGUGGAGGGCGCUAUCCAAUGCGCUUUGGCUACCGUCAGUCAAACAGUGGUGGACCCAGUAGGUAUGGACCCCCAGUACGCACCGAGCAUAGAAUCAUCGUGGAAAAUCUUUCCUCGCGCGUUAGCUGGCAGGAUCUGAAGGAUUUCAUGAGAAAGGCUGGAGAGGUGACAUACGUGGAUGCACACAGGGGUAACAGAAAUGAAGGGGUUGUGGAAUUUGCAUCCUACAGUGAUAUGAAGAGUGCUUUAGAUAAGUUGGAUGGCAUGGAACUUAGUGGUCGUAAAAUCAAGCUGGUUGAAGAUCGCAAAAAACACAGAAGCAGGUCCAGAUCAAGAAGUUACUCUAGAUCACGCAGUAAGUCCAAGUCUCGUGGAUCUUCCAGGUCUGCAAGCAGAUCCCGCUCCCCUAGCCGUACUCCUGAAAAGAAAUAUAGUCAGAAAUCUACAAGUGGUGAACCUUCCCAGAGCUCCCCCAAACGCCAGUCCCGAUCAAGUUCAGCAGAGAGCCGCGGUUAAUGACACCUGUUUAAAUCUAUGAAUGAAGGUUAAGUGCCCCCUAGAGGAAGAUUGCUGGGGAUGAAAGUUUUUCACUGUUUUAUGUAACCAAAGCGCCUGUAAAAUAAUCUGGCACAAUAAGGUGGCCUAAUGCUUUUGUUUUUGUGAAUGUGAUCUGGUUCUUCUGGCUAGACCAUGAAAUAGACAGGAUUUAAAUGUAACCCUUCCAAUUUGACAUGUUUCACACAGUAGAUGAGUGAGACGUGUCUGGUGUUUUUUUUUUUUUUUUUCUUUUUUUCUUUUUUUUUUUAAAGAUAUUAAAUUAAGAUAUGUAUGUAGCUUUAAGUUUAUUUGGUCUUUGACAUCACAUACUUCUGUAUUGUUCUAUUCUUUAUAACACUGUUGCCAGGAAAAUGUAAGUUUCAAUAAAUAUAUAAAAAAAAUCAUAAGUGUACAUAAGUGCAUGUUAAAUCAGGUAGUUAUUGUUACAAUUUGAGUUCAUUUAUUUACAGCCAAAGCCUAUGUUUUGAUUUGUCUUGUUAUAUAGGCUUCAUCAGUUAAUGUGCGUGUGCAGGAUGAAACUUACUUUAAAACUACAAAAUGUACGAUUUCCAGUUAUUUGGAUUAUUCUAACUUUAUCUAAGGCAGGUGUUUUUUUUUUUCUUAAAAUUUUUGUAAGUAUAGUUUUUUUUUUCUACAUGUCUUAAAGGGGUAUUCCAGGCAAAACCUUUCUUUAUAUAUAUCAACUGGCUCCGGAAAGUUAAACAGAUUUGUAAAUUACUUCUAUUAAAAAAUCUUAAUCCUUCCAAUAGUUAUUAGCUUCUGAAGUUGAGUUGCUAUUUUCUGUCCAACUGCUCUCUGAUGACUCGCGUCCCGGGACGACAUCAUUGAGCAGUUAGACAGAAAACUUCAGAAGCUAAUAACUAUUGGAAGGAUUAAGAUUUUUUAAUAGAAGUAAUUUACAAAUCUGUUUAACUUUCCGGAGCCAGUUGAUAUAUAAAAAAAAAAUUGGCCUGGAAUACCCCUUUAAAGGGGAUCAGUCAUGACCAAAAAAUUGACGUCAGAAGUUUUAAUCUGUGGCGGUCCACUCGAACCAAAACGUGCACACUUGUCCACUUCUGCCCCUUAGUUUGUCAACUUUUUUUUUUUUUUUUGGGUGGGGGGGGGGGCAGCGGUGGGCUCUGCUUUGCUUUCUAUAGAGAGCUGAGUGUGUGCACUGUAAAAAUCCAUAGAAAGUCUUGGAAGUCUACACACCACAGGCUCAUUUUUGUGGAGUCCGGAAUGAAAAGGCACAGCACUGCAUGCUUCUGUUGUUCAGGGUUUCAGCAUCUGGACCAUUACUUAUUAAAACCUUUGCCAUGUCACUAUGACAAGUCAAAAGCUUCAUGAAAUAAGUUACACUUUAAUUGAUCUUGUUUGCUUUUGUUUUAAUUGAUAGUUGUUUAAUAGAAAAUAAAACAGUUUGAAACAGUUUGUCCAAUUAUGAGCUGUUCUGUAUUCAUA